AUGGCCAAUUCGCGAUUCCAGUAUGUACGUGGCUUUGAGAGUGAGGCGCGCUUGCUGCCCAACACCUGGAUCGUGGUUCGCAUUGACGGUCGAGGCUUUCACAAAUUCUCAGCCAAACACGGCUUUAAGAAACCCAACGAUGCCCGGGCCAUAAACCUGAUGAACGCAGCCGCGGUGGCAUGCAUGAACGAGUUUCCCGAUAUUGUCAUGGCAUACGGUGAAUCAGACGAGUACAGCUUUGUCUUUGACAAGCGCACGCAGCUUUUUUCGCGCCGCGGCGACAAGAUCAUGUCUUCGAUCGUGUCCUUCUUCAGCAGUACAUACGUCAUGCAGUGGCCGCAGCACAUGGUGGAUGCCGAGGGUCAACCUGAACCUUUGGUGGCGACCCCGCACUUUGAUGGCCGCUGUGUCCUCUAUCCUACCCUCGAGAAUCUGCGCGACUAUGUGGCGUGGCGCCAAGUGGAUUGUCACAUCAAUAACCUGUACAAUACAACUUUCUGGACCUUGGUGCUCAAGGGAGGGCUCACUGAGUAUGAGGCCGAGCAGCGGCUCGUGGGCACGUUUAGCAAGGACAAGAACGAGCUCUUGUUCUCAGAGUUUGGCAUCAACUAUAACGAAGAGCCUUUGAUGUUCCGCAAAGGCUCGGUACUGCAUUGGCGGCGGAUACCCGUGACCGUGACAAAGGAGGGACCUACCAGCAAGGCAGAUCCAACGCCCGUGGUGCGCACGGUCACGCGCCAAAAGCUGACGGUCAUUGUUGAUCACUGCGACUUGCUGCAAGAGGAAUUCUGGACGGAGCAUGCCGAUGUGUUUACAUCGUCAUCGGUCUAUGCUAAUGGCCCACGUGAGGCUAAAGGUGCUGCCAAAGGUCGCGGCCGGAAGGCCAAACACUCGUCAGAAACGACAACAAUUGUUGAACCAAAGGAAGCGGCGCCGGCUGCGAGUGAGGCGAGUCAGCGCAAACGUACUGCUGAGCAGGCGUGUGGCGAGUAG